CUAUUACAAAACGAUUCGUGGUUUAUCGUAUAUUGCGACUAAAAAUAUUUCUCAUACGUGGAUCACGCUACGUGAUUUUCCAUUUAAGUAAUUGCUAUUCGGCAAAUCAGAGUAAUCAUUCCUGUGGAGGGAAGGGUUCCAAAUCGUGACGAGAACAAACUAUACAGAAGCUCGUUGACAUAUCGUGUACUUUCUUCGUCUCGUGUAUUAUGGCACGGCGUGGCGUAGCCGCUCAAGUUGAUCUCUCUACGUGGUCUUUGUGAUUCCUUUGUAUAACCCGUGAACAAAAUUCAGCGUUUUUUGGAAUCGAGCUAGUAAACAAAAUUUUCGUGACGUGAGGAAAAAGGUAAUAAUAUUCGUGGAAAAGUGGUGCGCAAUUGGCCCCUCAACGAGGGAGAAUCGAAAGCGUCGGAAGCAACGUUGCCAGUAACGGGGACAAAAGGGACAUCGGUGACGUCACGUGUAUUGUAGCUUUAGUGGCUAGGUAAUAGAAGGGGGAUAAAUUAGUUCUUACGGUUGCCACCUUACAGCGUUGAUGUCGUUUUGGCACAUGUAAAACCACGUAGUUUUUAGUACCAUUAACUGUCACUUGGGGCGCAGAAGUCACAGGGACAGAACGGGAUAUUUUAUGACGUCACGCGUCCCGAUUUGCGUCCCUGUUUCUGGCAACGCUGGUCGAAAGUAACGAGUCAUCUACCGAUCCAAGAUGGCAGAAGGCCAGGACACUCGAAAGAAAAUUACGGUUAACGUCAAAACUCCAAAAGAAAAACAGACCAUUGAGAUCGAGGAGGGUGCUAGUAUCAAAGACUUCAGAGAGGCGGUAUCGAAGAAGUUCAAUGCCCAGACGGAACAGUUAUGUCUGAUCUUCGCCGGGAAGAUUAUGAAAGACCAUGAAAGUUUAAGCACGCAUAAUGUCAAAGAUGGCUUGACGGUUCACCUGGUUAUUAAAGCAGGACGUACUCCUUCUAAUCAGAGUCAAGACUCGACACCGACACAGAGAAAUCCACCUGACAUAAGCGCCAGUCCUUUCGGAUUGGGCAGCUUAGGAGGACUAGUGGGAUUGGAGUCGCUUGGAUUGGGAUCCGCUAAUUUCAUAGAUUUGCAGCAAAGCAUGCAACGCGAGCUAUUGUCAAAUCCGGAGACCAUGCGCAUUAUACUUGAUAACCCAUUGGUGCAAAAUUUAAUGAAUGAUCCAGAGAAUAUGCGCAAUCUGAUAUCAGCUAAUCCUCAAAUACAGGAACUGAUGGAACGCAAUCCAGAAAUUAGUCAUGUGCUAAAUAAUCCGGAACUGUUAAGGCAAACGAUGGAAUUGGCACGCAAUCCAUCCAUGUUACAAGAAUUAAUGCGCUCGCAUGACAGAGCUCUAAAUAAUCUAGAAAGCAUUCCUGGCGGCCACAGCGCGCUUCGUCGCUUAUAUCGCGAUAUUCAAGAGCCCAUAUUGGCAGCAACAGCCGAUGUACGUAAUCCUUUUGCAGCAUUAGUGGAGGAUAACAGUAGCGAAGAUAAUCAGAAUAAUCCACAGCAGGGUCAGGAAAACAGAGACCCCUUACCGAACCCUUGGAAUCAGAAUCAGACUCCUCAGAACACCACUCCUGAUCCACCGCAAGCUGGAAGAGGCCUGCUGGACUCGCCAGGAAUGCAAAGCCUCAUAACACAAAUGAUGGAGAACCCACAGCUGAUGCAAACCAUGUUAAACGCUCCUUAUACGAGGUCUAUGCUCGAAGCAAUGGCUGCAGACCCUGCUAUGGCCAGCAGAGUGAUUUCUGCAAAUCCCUUCUUUAGAGGAAAUCCUCAAAUGCAAGAGCAAAUGAGAGCUAUGAUGCCGGCAUUUAUUCAGCAAAUGCAAAACCCUCAAAUUCAAAAUAUUUUUACGAAUCCAGGUGCUCUGGCCGCUGUUAUGCAAAUUCACCAAGGAUUGGAACAGUUGCGCACCGUUGUUCCAGAAUUUGUUGAAACUAUGGGUAUGACCGUGCCGCCCGCGGCAACAACGACACCAAACGCUGGCACAACAAAUCCAACACCACCAACUACACAAGCAUCGGACACGAACCAGCAAGACGCAUUCUCUCAGUUCAUGGCGCGCAUGGUAUCUGCAAUGGCAUUAAAUCAAGGCGUAGAAGUGGAGGGUCAACCUGUGCCUCCACCGGAAGAACGUUAUAGAGCACAGUUAGAACAGCUUACGGCUAUGGGAUUUGUUAAUAGAGACGCUAAUUUACAAGCAUUAAUUGCCACAUUCGGAGACAUAAACGCUGCUGUUGAACGGCUAUUAUCUAGUGGGCAAGUGUCCAAGUGUCCAUGAGCUAACACCAAUAUGUAAUACUGUUAUUCUAUUUUACGUUAUUAUGUUACUGUUAUGACUAUUUUUAAUUUUCUCCUUGUUUACCUCUUACAACAGGCGUGGUGAGAGAGAUAUAUGAGGUAAUUGGCUGACAGAAAAUUAUAAACUUCUACUCCAACUCUUGACAGAAUACACGCUACUGACUCACACAAAUAUGCAUUUUUAUUUUGGAUUUGGUACAUUACUGUAACUCGAUAAAGAAACAAACAAAAAAAAAGCUGCAAAAAAUAAUUACUGGUAUGUAAAUGUUUAACUUGUUCACGUAUAUUUCACGAUUACGAAAAUUUCCUAGUUUUAUUCUUUGUUUCUUGUACGUUUUCCUCGAUGUGCUCUAAGUACUAGAUAGCUCUGUUAAUGUAUUUCGUCGGUGUAAAUUUGCUUAUCCACGCAUUCAAGAGAAUUAUAAUUAUUAGAUCAUAAAUACAGGGGAGGGAGGGGAACGAGGGGACGCGUUGCUCCAUCUUCUUUGUUGUUGUACAUUUAUGGUGUUUCUUAGAAACAAUGGAACCUGCAUGGAAAAUAGUUCACCGUUUACGACUAAGUAAAUACCAAACGCUUCUGGCUUGAUCAGGUCGAAUUUCCGAAUUUUCCACGAAGGAUAUUAUUUGUUUGCUUUUAAAUGUACGUAAUCAUAUUAGUGAAUGUAUUGCAUGGAGCGUUAAUAUGUUUCGCGACAGAGAACCGGGGUUACGGGGUAUAAUUAUCGAUCGUUAAGCAACAUUUGGUGGUUAGACAUAAACGAACCGUCGAGACUACAAAUUCCAGAGUUUUGCAGCUAACGUGGAUCUCGUUGUUCUAUUAUUUGGUUCAUCUUAAAAGAUGGGAAAUAUAUAUUCGACGAUACGUUAGCAUUUUCCAUGUAAGUUUUAUACGUAAGGGCAGGCGAGAGAAUGAUUAAUUCGUUUUUGUUAGAUUUUUAUGCCGACGCACAUUGUUUCAUCCUUGUUUUAUUCCCUUUUGUUUCUAUCGUAAGCAUAACGAAAGAAUAAGAAGAAGGAACGGUAACUAUGCACUACAUGUCUUACAAGAAUACAAAUUUAGAGAUUUGUAGCGUGAUGAUCGAGAACUCUAUGGUGUAUGUUGUUUAUAUAUAGAAUCGCGCGAAAACGAAAGAACGAUUUAACGAAGAUAAUGUCACAUGUAAAUGUGUUUAAGUUGGACAUUGUAAUCGUCGAUUAGUUUCUAAGGACAUACUUGAAGCAAAGAAAACAGGUAGCAGAUGGAAACGAUGAAUGUUGUAAAUUAUCUUUAUCGAUGACGAUGGAAGAAAAAAAAAAGGGACAGUUAUAAUUUCGCUAUUUUUGAUUGAUGUACGAUUACAUGAAUAUCCAUGCGCAUUUCAAUAAACUUUUAUGUGUAUUCAGUAUACUUCACUAAACAAGGUAUUCUGUAAAGGCGAUUAUAUUACAAAAUAAAAAUUAUGGUUGAUUCAUAUUUACGGAUUUUAACUACCAGAUAACGCCUAAGGUAUUGAUUUGUUUACCUUAGCGAUACACGUUGUGAGCGGAUGAUAUGCGUAUAUUAAACAUAUGUUUAGAGACAAAAUAGACUGGAACCUAUGUAAAAUAUACAUUUCGAAUUGA